CGCUUCCCCGUAAUUCUAAGAAUCCAGAUCCUUGAGUUUUGUUUUAAUAAAACCAUGGCUGCUCUUAAAGCUUUUAUAUGUCUCCGACGUGCCGAACAUCGACCAAGUCACGGAAAAGGCUUCCCUUUCUCUCUACUCCGCCCGGUUUUCCAAAGAGGUGGAUUUGAACAGAGCAGCGUCGUGUAGGAUACCAAACUUCUUGCUUAUAGGGCACAGAGGGCAUGGCAUGAACAUUUUACAGAGCUCUGAUUCAAGAAUGAAAGCCAUUAAAGAGAACUCCCUUCUCUCCUUCAACUCUGCUGCUAAAUUUCCCCUCGAUUUCAUUGAAUUCGAUGUUCAGGUAACAAAGGAUGACUGCCCUGUCAUUUUCCAUGACGACGUUAUCCUCUCUGAAGAGAAUGGUACUAUUUUCGAGAAAAGAGUCACAGAAUUAUGUUUAGCAGAAUUCCUUUGCUAUGGACCCCAGAAAGAAGCAGGGAAAGAAGGGAAAUGUUUAUAUAGGAAAACAAAGGAUGGCAAAUUUGAGAAGUGGAAUGUUGAAACAGACGAUUCACUGUGUACAUUGCAAGAAGCUUUCCAGAAAGUGGAGCCUUCUUUAGGUUUCAAUAUAGAGUUGAAAUUUGAUGACUACAAGGUUUAUCAAUCAGACCAUCUCACCCAUAUUCUCCAAGUUAUCUUACAGGUGGUGUUUGAGUUUGCCAGAUAUAGGCCAAUAAUCUUCUCUACUUUUCAGCCUGAUGCAGCUCAACUUGUUAGGAAGUUGCAGAACAACUAUCCUGUUUUCUUCUUAACGGAAGGCGGGACCGAAACUUACUACGAUGUUAGGAGGAACUCCCUGGAGGAGGCCAUGAAGGUGUGCUUGGAAGGUGGUUUACAAGGGAUUGUUUCAGAGAUCAAAGGAGUGUUUAAAGAUCCAGGUGCAGUGCCUAAGAUCAAAGACUCUAACCUUUCUCUCCUCACCUAUGGGAAACUGAACAAUGUGCCCGAGGCAGUUUACGUGCAAUAUUUGAUGGGAAUCGAUGGAGUGAUAGUCGACUUCGUUGAAGAGAUCUCGCGGACCGUGGACGACAUGAUUAAGCCGGACGAAGCGAGUGGUGGAAAAGAGAGUGAGUCGAAUUCGAAGCUUCAGUUCUCUCAGAAAGAGCUCUCCUUUCUCUUAAAGCUCAUCCCAGAGUUGAUACAGCAGCACUAAGUCAUGCCCUUACAACAUUAUUUUGCCCAUUUCUUCAACCCAGAACUUUUAAUAAAAAA